GUGUGAGGUUUUUUUUUUAAUGUGGUAAGUGUAUUUUGCUGAAAAUCGUGAAAAAACUAUUAAGUACCUUAAAUUUGGGGAUAAAAAGUUAAUUGAGGUGUGAAUGAGAGGCUAAAGGAUAGAUAGAUGCUGAAGAAUUAGGGAUUUGUGGUGUAGUUAUUGCCAAAUUCUGCAUUUUGGUUGAGUGAAAAAUUCUAACCUCACUUUUUGGUUGUCAAGAGUGAGAAAAUGUGAAAUUCUCAGAGGUCUUUUUUUUCCUGCACUUCUGAGAAAGAGAAAAAAAGUCUAUUAUUUAAUGAUAUCAUUCUAUUUUUAGUGUUUUCCUUAUCUAUUGGCAAUAGUUGUGGGUAAUGCAAGUGUUUAGAGGUUGAAAAGUGAAUGAUAGAGAAGACUUUUUGCUAGUGAUCUACUUUUUUCCUCCAUUUCAUCGUCCAAGAAUCUCAUUCCGGGAAUUACUUCUUAUCGCCCAAAAUAUUGCAGACAAUUAAACGGCAGAAAAGUCCGCAGAGGGAGGGUGAAAAACUACCUCUCUAGCUGUUCUCUAUUCGGGCACAAAUUAUCCGCGAUAUCGAUAGUGCUUUAGUUUUUGUUAUCGAUUGUUUUUGUUCCAGGAAGAAUUGUGAGUGCAAAAGAGCUUAGAAAAUGAUCAAUGCAACGGAUUUGCACGCUUUCUUGGGCAAAAUCGAGGGUGGGAGCGUUGCAGUGGAUCUACUGAAGAUUGUUCCAGCGGCCGGAAAUGCAAAGUCCAAGCAGAAGAAUGGAAAAAUUCGACUGGCACUCGAUAUGGAGGAUUGCUUAGAUCGAUUCUACGGAGGCUAUUAUUCGGACUGGGCAUGUGGUGGACAAUGGAAUCGAGCGUAUCAGUUUGUUCAGCUACUUGCAAAUGCAUUUAGUACAGCUCAAAUUGAGAUAAUUGCUUUUUUCGACGGUACACUCAGAGAGAAUAAGAGACUUGAGGGCGAACGCAAUGAUUAUCGCCAGAAGACAAUCUCAGUGUUGAAACACAUUCGUAUGAUUGGAACACCACCGCCAAAAAUUUGGUGGUUGCCCCCAUCGGGGCUGCGAACGUGCUUGAGAAAUGCCAUGCGCAAUAUCAAUAUUCAGGUCAUUCAGACGAUCCAUGAUCACACAAUGGAAGUUAUUGAAUAUUUUCACGAGCAUCGUCUCGAUGGGAUUCUCGGUGUUCAUCCCGACUACAUCAUUGCCAAUUGCAGCAGGUACUUCAGUUCGCAUGAUUUAAGGCUGUCGUACAAGGGAUCACUGGAAACGAAGGAAUACAGUGUAUCGAAAUUGUUGUCAAGUCUCAGUCUCACAGCAGAUCAUUUGCCCUUUGUGGCUGUUCUGCUUGGUGGCUAUGUAUUGCUGGAUGAGGCUCAACUCAAGAGUAUCUAUCAGAAAUUGGGUGUUGAUGUUAGUGGGGAUUUUGAGGGAAAAAUCCGCAAGAUUGCUGAAAUUGUGAGGAAUUCUCCCACAAAUGACACCAAUGAAUUCAUCAAGCAUCUCAAUUUAGCUGAUCAUUCAGCGGCAAUUGUGGAGUCUAUUGAAUAUUAUCAGCGCAAAGGCAAAUUCUCAGUCAAGAAAUAUUUGGGCAAUAAAAAGAAGAUCUCCUUCGAGGUGAAUGUUAAAGGCGAUGAUUCCAUGCCGAUGGCAUCGGAAACAAGUGAAAAUGACGAAGUUGCGAAGAAGAUUCUAAGCGAUGUGAACAAUUUGGUGGAUGAAAGUGAAUCCUAUGCAAAUGGAAGUCAGCCCAGCACAAAUGCAAGUAGCACUAAAGUGAGUACUUCCAGUGGUGGACACUUUAUCUACACGCUUCCCGGCGAGGUGCUAAAAACUUCACUGAACCGUCAUCAACGUGGCAUGAUGGAUUCAAAAAUUUAUCAGCUUUUAACCAAGAAGUCCAUUGUUUUGCCACAGGUGCUAGAAGACGAACAAAGCCGUGAUGUUCCAUCUGUUCAUUUGUUCUAUCGUCCUGCUCGUCAAAUGAUUUACGCCAUUCUAUUCAACUUAUACCACCAAAGAUAUCUGUGUUCAAAGACAAAUAAGAAUCAAACGAAUGCUGCUGGAAGUAGCGGUGGCAGCGGUGGUAGUGGUGCAAAUGCUCCAAAGCCCGAUGUUGUUAUAUCUGAAUGGAUAUGGACACCGCAGAAUGAAUAUAAGAAGCCAGAAAUGGUGAAGGCCACCCAAUUGCCAUGGGCCGUUCCAACGGUGCAACGUCUCUGGUUUGGUAUGGCAUUUGAAGAUAAGCAGCGCCGAAUGAAGGCCUUCCUCACAAUUAUGCGAUCGGAUUCGCUUUUGAUGCUCAAUCGGGGAUAUGUUCCGCAGCAUAUGUUGGUGAUGGCGUGCGUUUUGCGGUAUAUGAUUACAGAUCCUGACAAAAGUAUGCUGACACGUCAAGAAUUGGAUGCCUUCCUGGCUACAGCAUUCUCACAUCAAUUGCUCAAUGUUGAGUACACACAAGAAUUGGUGCUACCAUGUGUCCAUUUGCGCGGUGUCUACUUGGCCACGUUGUUUAUGCAGGGUGUAGAGACGGCUUCCCUGGCCAAUGAUGCCUGUGGAAUCCCUCUGCCAUGGCUGAUGACAAAUCCAUGGUUGUUCUUCGAUGGGAAACUCUUCCAUCUCAAACUGAAAAUGUCCACAUAUGUCCAGAGUCUCCGGGAACUCUGUGACGAUCAGAUUGAGAUUGUGCUCAAGAUUGAGCGCUUCCGCAAAGCCAUCCUCGAGGAUGUUGAGCACUAUCUCCUGCCAGCUCACAUUGAUCACACAAUGUAUCGCCCGGGAUUCCUGCCACAGCCACCACCGACAAAUCUCCCACAGCAUUUUGGCAAGGGACAACUGCAUCAGAUGGCCAACAUUCCACAGGCAUCUGCCGACGCCAGUGGCUACUAUUCCUCAGCCGUGGCUGCCACUGGGGCUCCCUACUACGGAGCUCCACUCACAUCCCGUGUUCUUGCCGGCUCGGGAAUGGAUGCUGGAACAGCGGGAGUUGCAAUGCGCGGAGGACGUGGUUCGGGCGGGAUGUAUCCACAGCAGAGGGCCGGAGUCGCCAAUGCUCGCAAUGGGGCACACCAGAAGGGCUAUCAGCUGAAAGUUGGAGGAGUUGUUGUGGGCUCAUGGGCUGCUGGUGGUAGUGCUGCUCAAAUGCGUCCAGCCCUUGGGGGCAAUCAGAAUGCCAACAGUAGCAAUGCUGGUCGAUCUGUGCGUAUUCCAGGUCGUGCCGGGAAUGCUGCUGUGCGCUUUGGUGUCAAUGGACGUGGCACAAAGGGUGUUACGGGCAGUCGGUUGCAUCGUGGUCAAGUGACUGUGCCCCAUCAUCAGGGUGUCAGUGGUGGACGUGGGGCUGCUGGGUAUCCGUAUGGUGGAAAGGUGAGUCGCAAUAAGAAUCGCAAGACCAAAAAGGAGAAGAAAUCUUCAAAGGCAACGGCGCCAAAGGCAGAGAAUGAUGCUGCAGCAGCUGGUGCCAGCAACGGGAACACCAACAAUGAGGCUGCAACGGAGAAUGAAGUGGCUGAACUGACUGAGAACUUGAAUCAAGUUUCACUGGAAUCUUCCACUGUUGAACUCCAGAAUGGGACAACUGUGUUGGCAUCUGACCUGGCCAAUUCGAUGUGUGACGAGAUCCUCAAGGAGGAAGAGAGUGAGCAGAAGAAGAAGAAGAAGGCCGAAGUAGAUGGGAAUGCUACAACAGAUUCAGAUGCAAAACCAGCCGAAAGUUCAUCUGGAGCAGCCGAAAAAGAGGUAAAGCUUGAUAAAAAUGGUGUUAAUGGUACGAAUGAUUCACAUGAUGCCCUUUCUAUAAAGUCCGCCAGUUGUGAUACUGAUGUCAAGUUGAAAAGUAGUCAGGGUAAAGGAGAAAUUGAGAAGAAAUUGGAGGAAAAUGGCUCCGCAACUUCCGCGAUUGGGCAGAAAGGACAAGAAGAUGUGCCUGUUAACAAUUAAAAAAAACAAACACACGCAUACAGAUAGAAAAAAAGAAAA